UGUUCUCUACCCGAUAAAGAGUAAAGCAACUCCAGGUUUAAAUGAUAACGAAAAUAGUCAACGAGAUUUCGACAACAACCGUCACGGUAAUACCGAAUGCUGCAAAAUGGUCAACGUUAUAAGUUUCUUUGAUUUCAAACUUUUUCAAUUUUUUCACUUUUUCUUUCAAGCUUUUUUUUUAUCCAAAGAUAUCCAUGACGUCACACGAGCUUGAUUGAUUGGCAGGUAACAAUCAAGCGUAGUUAACAGGUGCCCCCCAGUUACCUCUCGCCAAACGAGGGGCGAAACAAACCGUUUUCCUCGCUGGGGUAUUGAGAUAUUCCGCGAAAUAGAAAGAUUUAUUACAUGCAAUCCCUUGAAACUGUAUAGCAAUGUGUUGCGGAAGGAUCUGCCGCAAGCUGUGCCUGGCUUUUAAGAAGUUGAUAGUGAGAUUUCUAGCGCAUCGCGCAGGGUUCCAGAAGAACCAUUUAUUAUGCUGUCGAAGAUGCAAUGCAUGUUGUGGUUCCUGUAACAGGUGCUGUUGUAUUUGUUUGUCACGUGUCCCUGUUGCUUCGCUGAUCGCUUCGUUUGUUUUGGGGCUCGGUUUCACUGGAUUUGCUCUCGGGCUCAGUGAAGGAGUCAACAACCUUAACAAAUGGCUCAAAAUGGAUAUUGUGGAAUUGGCCUCUCUCGGAAUCAUGCUUCUUGGAAUAUUUUUUGGCGGCUUAUCGGGACUGGCACUGUUACAUGGUUUUGCAGCUACAGGACGAACGAGGUUCAACUGCUGCGGCGGCUACAAAAGACGCCUUCUUGGGCGUUGCUGUAUUGGUUUUCUCUUCGGUUGGCAUUAUCUCAUGUUCUUCCUGUGGAUGUUUAUUGCUCCAAUUCUGAUUAUUCCACUGAUUUUCAUGGGAAUUUUCUUUGGAAUUUGUCAAGUACAAGUCGUCAAACAACUCGGAAAGACGUGCAUUAAAUUCAGUGAAUAUGGUUUGGAUGACAUUGUCAAUACAGAAGAAGUUUGUGGCGAUGAGUUGCUUGUAUUCUGCGAAGCGAUGACAGGUGCCACUCCUUAUUUUGCCGCAGCAUUUGUUGGUGGACUCUUCAUUGUCGUUGGCAUGUUUCACAUGAUGUUCGUAUUGACAGCAAACUACGCCCACAUACAUGACCACAGAACACGACCCAAGGCGUCAGAAUGUUCCACAUGCCGGACAUGUUGUACUGUCAAGGACCCGGGCCGUUAUGAAGAGUGCUUCCCUGAGCCCCCGGUGGAAGAGGUGCAAUUAGCCAUGGAAGAAAAAUUGAAGCUGAACGCAGGGGACCCUGAAGGAGGCGCACAUCCCCACCACCACCCCCACUGGGAAUACGUGUACGAUUAUGAAAAAGCUCCAGCGAUGCCUGGCAAAAAGUACUAAUCGCUGUUCUAGUUGAUAAAAGGAUUUUGUUUCGCUGCAGGUAAGCAGUGUAAAACCGAUGGCGAGAAGGACACGCUACUUUUGGAAAUUUGUGAAAUUCAGUCUGGAGAGUUUGACAAUAUUUACUUCAAGCGUUAACCGGCACAAACGCAUCAAAUCGAGGCCAGUUCCAUCAAGUUUCAUCAAAGCUAGUUCGAAAGUAGAAGCGCUCAGUUCUGUAACUGGUUCAGCCUUUUUUUACGACAUGCGGCUGUAACCAAUCAGGAUUAAGAUAAAAUACCAAUCAUAAUUGUUUUGUAUGGACCACACCAUGGCCCGCCCUCUUCGCUGAUUGCAUGUUUUUUUUUAUGCUGAUUAUCGAUUGGUUAAUCACGCUAUGUUUGCAGCUCGUCUGUCAACUGAUUGUGUUCAGUAUUAAGACAGUAGUCACGUUACAACCCAAUAGUAUUGCUUUUUGCAUGGGUUGAGUCUUGCACCCUCCUUCCCAAAAACUGACCAUUAUAUACCUCCAGCUUAGGAAAUAGACCAACGGCUGCCAUACGGCGCGAUUUUUAGUAUCAUUAUACGAAGUACCUUUCGCGGUGUUUCGUUAUCCGGCAAAACAGAAAGUACGAGAAACUGUUGAAGCGAACGAUUAUUUUUAAAUUUUUGGUGCGAGAAAUGUAAUGCUUUAUGUAUUAGCCAAGAUUAAAUAAUAAAGCUCACAUAAUUCUUACUUAAUAAUUGUAAAUAGUGAUUUUUAGAACAUUCUUGAAAUAAACGGAGACUGCGAGUAUAGUUCCUCGAUUCAUUCGUGGAUUACAA